GAGGAAGAUUGGCGACAUUCCCGAGGAGAGGCGCCACAGACUGCUGGACCUGCUCAAGCCCCAUCACAUCACCCUCAUGUGGGACGCGGCUGGUAAUCGCUUUCAGCUGGAGCAGGAAGAUGGGGAGGAAGGUGCAGACCCGGUGACGUCAGCAGGGGGUAUGCUGCCGGACGUUGCCACGUCAGCACCGCUGCAGCCAGAAAUAUGGGAUGGGAGAGUGAUUGGAGUCCCAGGUCCAUUGUCGUGGCUUUCGCGCUUUCGAAAGUCCUUUUUUGUUGGCGCGGAUGGGCUGCACUAUGGUCGAGUCAUCUCAGGUGGCCCUCUCUUUACAGGCCUCUCCAAUGUAAUCACGCCCUUGUACUUCCGCAUCCGGGCGGCAACUAAUGUCCUCGCAACAGACGAGCCGUGUGAUCUCUCCUUCGACUAUGAAUCCGGGCAGCUGCACCUGAAAGAUUCGGGGCUGCCCGAAGGUUUCCCUGACCCUCGUCCCCACCCGCCCAUAUUCAACGACGAUUUCAGAGACUAUGUGAGGGCAGCGGGGCCGGGGGUGAUAGUGGGGCAGUCGUGGGAGGAGGGGAGAGAGGUGGAUGCCGAGCCGAGGCAGUUCCUGGGGGAGUUUAUCCUCGUUAGAAGACACCCUCAUCAAGUUAACGUUUGA